AUGGACAGAUCAAAAUUGUUCCACUGUGAUGUCUGCUCGCUGGAUUGCACUCACAGAAUACGAAUAAAGUGUGCUAUUUGCACCGACUACGACCUCUGUGUGCCCUGUUUCGCCUCGGGCUCUGCUACACUAGACCAUAAACCCUGGCACGACUACCAGGUGAUUGAGCAGAACACCUAUCCGAUUUUUGAAGAGACUUGGGGAGCAGAUGAAGAGUUGUUGUUGAUCCAGGGAUGUGAGACGUUUGGGCUUGGAAAUUGGCAAGACAUCGCUGAUCACAUUGGUAAUCGGUCCAAAGAGGAGGUCGCCCAGCACUACAUGGAGAUUUACUUAGACUCGGAUGAGUAUCCACUUCCCGAAAUGAAUAAGGAUUUCUCUCACAUCCUGCCCCAUGAGUUCUUGCAGCAGAGGAAGAAGCGUAUGGAGGAAAGAAAGAAUAUGCCAUUGCCUCCCCCAAGGGCCAAGCCAGCAGCCUCCGUGCCCUUGUGUCACGAAAUUCAAGGCUACAUGCCUGGUAGGCUUGAGUUUGAUCACGAGGCGGAAAACGAGGCCGAAGUUCCCAUCAAAGAUAUGGUUUUUGACCCAGAUGACUCUGCUGGUGACAUUGAGUUAAAACUUACUGCGUUGGAUAUCUACAAUUCCAAGUUGACUACUCGUGCUGAAAGGAAACGUAUCCUUAUCGCCAACAAUUUACUCGAGUAUCGAAAAAACAUAUCCAACGACAAGAAGAAGUCUAAGGAAGAAAAGGAAUACUUGCGCAAGAUCAAUGCCUUCAUCCGCGUCAUGACGCCUGAAGACUUCCAGCAGUUUUCCGAAGACAUACUCACUGAACUACGAUGCCGUAUCAGGAUCCAACAGCUUCAAAGCUGGCGGAGAAACGGCAUCACCACCAUCGAAGACGGGAACAGAUUCGAAAAAGAUAAACUUAUCAGACAGGCCCAUUAUCAGAGAAUGGGCAACGGAUCUGGCUUGGCUGCGAGAAAUGCCGCCGCUGCACUGGUUGUCAGCAAUGGCUCUCGUAAGCUCAAUACCCCUCAACCAGAGUACAAACCCAAGAUCAAUACGUCAAACCCUAGAGCUCCUUUAGACAUCUCCCACGCUACAGAUUUUGAUCUUCUCUCACGCGAGGAAAAACAGUUAUGCUCUACACUUCGCAUACUACCGAAGCCGUACCUUGCAAUCAAAAAUCAAUUGAUGAAGGAGGCUAUCAAGAACAAUGGCACGUUGAAAAAGAAAGAUGCGAGACAAUUCCUCAAAAUUGAUGUCAACAAAGCAUCCAAGAUUUACGAGUUUUUCGUACAGAUGGGCUGGUGCUCACAGGGUUAA